AUGUGGCUUCAUUCGAAGUUAUUUUGCAAUAAAUAUGUAACAAAGUGGAAUAAUAUUGUUCUUUAUAAUUGUCAAAAAGUAAGGCAUAGUAGUUUAAAAUCCACUGUAGAAACAAGUGAAGAUGUGGAUGAUCCACUCCCUAAAGAAACAAAAGUUGUUAUAUGUGGUGGUGGAGUUAUGGGCGGUGCUGUUGCUUAUCAUCUUUCACUUAUGGGAUUAGGACCUCAAACUGUUAUUGUAGAAAGUGGCAGAUUAGGAGGUGGAACAACGUGGCAUACUUCAGGAUUAGUAGGAGCAUUUAAACCAAGUUUAGCACAAGUUAAACUUGCUCAAGACAGCAUAGGAUUAUACAAAGAAUUGGAAGAGAAAGGCUUAUCAACAGGAUGGAAACAGUGUGGCAGCCUUUCUUUAGCACGCACAAGGGAUCGUAUGACUGUGUUUAGGAGAAUGAAAGCACAGUCUAUACCACGUAAUAUUGAGUGUCAUUUAAUUUCACCAAAGCAAGUACAAGAAAUAUGUCCUUCAUUAAGAGUAGAUGAUUUAGUUGGUGGACUGUGGAUUCCAGGAGAUGGUGUAGGAGAUCCAUAUCAAAUUUGUUUAACAUUAAUAGAGGAGGCAAAAAAGAAAGGAGUUAAAGUAUUUGAAAAAUGCAAAGUUACUAAAAUCAUUACACAAAAUGGUAGAAUUGAAGCUGUAGAAACAACACGUGGUGCUGUUGAAUGUGAACAUUUUGUUAAUUGUGCUGGAUUUUGGGCACGUAAUGUAGGCAAAUUGAGCGAACCACAUGUAAAGGUACCUCUUCAUCCUGUAGAACAUUAUUAUUUACAUACAAAACCUAUUGAUGGUUUAGAUCCUAUGACUCCUGUUAUAAGAGAUUUGGAUGGAUAUAUUUAUUUUCGGGAGAACAAUGGAAGCUUGUUAGCUGGUGGUUUUGAACCAGUUGCAAAGCCAGCAUUUGAAGAUGGAACAAUACCUGAAGGUACAGAAGAAAGAUUUUUACCAGAAGAUUGGGACCAUUUUCAUAUUUUACUUGAACAAAUGCUUUAUAGAAUUCCGAGUUUAGGAAAUGCAAUUUUGGAAAAAUUAUGUAAUGGCCCUGAAGCAUUUUCUCCAGAUUGCAAAUGGAUAGUUGGUGAAGCACCAGAAAUACGUAAUUAUUAUGUAGCUGCUGGUAUGAAAACGGUAAGUAAUGUGGGUCGAGCAACUGCUGAAUUAAUAGUUAAUGGUUCGACAUCUCUAGAUAUGUAUGAAUUAGAUGUAUCCCGUUUUUUGGGACUUCAUAACAAUCGUAAAUUUUUACGUGAUCGAGUAAAAGAAGUUCCUGGUAUGCAUUAUGCAUUACAAUAUCCACAUCAUGAAUUCAAAACUGGUAGAAAUUUAAGGAUGUCUCCAAUUUAUCCAAAACUUCGAGAAGCUGGUGCUAUAUUUGGACAGGUAAUGGGUUACGAGCGACCAUCCUGGUUUCAGUUAGAUGAAGAUAGUGAUUUGGAAACGAUUGACGGAUUUCAAAGAUAUAAGAUAGCAUACACAAAUACAUUUAGUAAACCACCGUGGUUUGAACCAGUUUGGAAAGAGUAUGCUGCAUGUCGUGAAGCCAUUGGACUUAGUGAUUAUUCUUCUUUUACUAAAGUUGACUUAUGGUCAAACGGGAUGGAAGUAGUAGACUUAUUACAGUAUUUAUGUUCGAAUGAUGUGGAUGUUCCAGUAGGAAGUAUUAUUCAUACAGGUAUGCAAAAUCAUCGUGGAGGCUACGAGAAUGAUUGCAGUUUAGCACGUAUUGCUGUUAAUCAUUACAUGAUGAUUGCCCCCACUAUACAACAAACUCGUUGUAAACAUUGGAUUAAUCGUCAUUUACCUACAGACGGUUCUGUAGCAGUAUCUGAUGUAACAUCAGCAUAUACUGCAAUUUGCAUUAUAGGCCCUGCCACUAGACAGUUAUUGUCAGAAUUAACAGAUACUGAUUUAAAUCCCAAAAACUUCCCAUUUUUUACUUUUAAGGAAUUAGAUGUUGGUCUUGCUAAUGGAAUACGCACAAUGAAUUUAACUCAUACUGGAGAACUUGGCUAUGUUCUGUAUAUUCCAAAUGAAUUUGCAUUACAUGUUUAUACGAGAUUAGUAGAUGCUGGAGCUAAAUACAAAAUAAAACAUGCUGGUUACUAUGCAACCCGAGCUUUACGAGUUGAAAAAUUUUAUGCGUUUUGGGGUCAAGAUUUAGAUACUUUUACUACACCGUUAGAAUGUGGACGAACUUGGAGAGUAAAACUUGAUAAAGCAGUAAAUUUUAUUGGAAGGGAUGCUCUUUUGAAACAACGUGAAGAAGGUGUAAAACGAAAAUAUGUGCAGCUAUUAUUAAAUGAUCAUGAUCUUGAAUUGGAUACAUGGUGUUGGGGUAGUGAACCUAUUUUUAGAAAUGGCAAAUAUUGUGGAAUGACAACUACAACAGGUUACGGAUUUACAUUCAAAAAGCAGGUUUGCCUUGGAUUUGUACAAAACUUCGACUCACAAGGACGCCCACAAGAAGUGACAAACGAAUAUAUACUAUCAGGAGAUUAUGAAGUAGACGUGGCAGGAAUAAGGUACCAUGCAAAAUGUCAUUUACACAGUCCAAAUUUACCAACCAAAUUCCCAGAUAAGGAAAGGGAUUCUUAUCAUGCAACACGUGAUCAACAAGUCGUUUAA